AUGAAGCUAGGGCGAAUGCUCUUCAGCUUAUAUGCAAGGGCUGUGCCAUCAUGCUUCGUCAUGCUCGCUAUUGCUGCUUUCGUGUUGAUGGUGGGAGCUCACGAGCUCUCAGACAGCGACGUGCUGAGGGAGGCCGUUCAACUUUCUCAGCAGGGUAAUUUCGACAUGGCAGCAAGAGCGGCACGCACGUUGCUCAGAAUGUCAAGAGAGAAAAGGGACGAGGAGAUGGAGUACAUCUCGCUGCGCAUGUUGGCAGAUUGUGAGAAUGGAAAGUCAAACGUGAAAGACAACGCAGAGGAGACCCUGCGGCCCAACGAAUUCUUGUCUUUCCAAGCACUGGUGUUGGCAUCUCGAGUAGCAAACAGCGUUCUCAACUCAGCAGGACGCACGUAUCCUUCCGGUCAUCUCAAAAAGUUCGUGACAGACCUUACCAUGUUCGGCUGCAAGAUAGCCUACAACUUUCGGGACGAAGGUUUUCCAUCGUCAGCUCUGAGAGUUUUGAAGCAUUCGUUAGCUGCGAUCCGACGAGUCAAGCUGUCCGACACGUCGUACGUAGACAGAGCAGCUGUGCAUCUCUACAAUGACGUUUGCAAUGUCCUGCGAAACUUUGGAAGGACUGCGGAGGCGAAAGGUUUCUGUGCUGCAGCAAUCGAUCUCACUUACAAAAACAUAGGUUUCAUCUCCAACUCAAGCUUGUCCAAGUUUCAAUUCAACCUUGGAAAAGUGUAUUCAGAUGAGGAUGACUGGGAGAAUGCUGUGGUUUUGUGGAGAAAGGCGUUGGAAGCGAUGGAGGAUGUAGACACUCUAAUCUCCCUCGGCAUGGCAUAUUCUCGUCAAGGAGAAGCAGCAGAAGCUCUUGCCUUCUUCAAGCGAGCUUUCCUGUCGGAUCCUUCGCAUCCCUUCCCGUUCGUUGCUGCCGCCACGACUCUGAUGAGGCAAGGGGACCACUUUCAUGCCAGGGAGCUGCUGCGAUGGUUGCGCCAGCCGGAAGGUGAGGUCGGGUACUAUCACGACCUGCUGAGAGUGCGGGAAGGCAUGACUGCUGAAGCCUUCCCGUCCUCAAUCGUAUGGCAUGAUGACGAUCUACAUCAACUGAAAGAGAGGAGAAUUAUCAGCAUCGCACAGUCUGAUCAGUCGCUGUCAGCUGCAAUUGUAUACCUUACUUCUAAGGCUGACGAGGAUAUUCAAGACUUGAAUCAGAGUCUAAACUUGCUUGAGAAGAAUUACUUCACAUUACACCGCUAUUAUCCCGUCUAUGUUUUUUAUGACUUCCUUGAAGAGUCUACCAUACUGCAGUUGAACCGACCCAACCUGAACAUCUCAUUUCACAAGAUUAACAUGGAUGUCCCAUCGGACCAACAGGACAAGCACGGGAAUUUCUCUAGAAAGUUUCUAGGCUACGGUCUUGGCUACCGAGCCAUGUGUCGAUUUUUCUCUGGGCCGAUUUACAACCAUCCAGCAAUGCAGGCAGCCCCUACCUGUACAAACAUUCUCCUCUCAGCUUCUUGGCAGAGCCUGGACUUCUACAUGCGGCUCGACGUUGACUCUUUCUUCAUCGCUCCACUCCCCCUCGACCCGAUCCAGCACUUGGCUGACCGCCAGCAAUCUUAUGGGUACAUCACGACAGGUCGUGAGGAACGCAAGUUCGUUGUGAAUCUGUGGGAGACGUUCAUGCAGGAGGCGACCAGACUGAAGUUGCCCAACCUGCCCGCUGUUGGAUCGCAAAAAGCGUGGGGAAGGACAUUCUUCUACACCAACUUCGAGGUUAGCGCCAUGGCUGUGUGGCGCUCGCAGGAGUAUCUCGCUAUCUUCAAAGCCCUCGAUGACUCAGGAGGGUUUUUCCGUCAUCGCUGGGGCGAUGGCCCCGUGCACUACUUAGCCGUUCGGGCGAUGCUCGAAGACUCUAAGGUGGUGAGAUUCAACACACUUCCCUACUGGCAUCAAACUCUUGUAGUGGACGAAACACCCUUCAUUGCAAGCGUGUAA